AUGCCGUUCGGCCAUCAUAACCACCACGCGCAUAACGAUCCAGCGCAGGGCAUCUACGCUGCGGCGUCGGCGCUAGGAAGAGCACCUGGAGGCAAUCUGCGGGGCGCCACCCAAGGCACCACUCGGGCAGGUACCGACGCCUUCUUGCCCGGGAGCAGUGGAAAUGGCCAGCAGCCACAGACACAGGCACAGGCACAAGCUGAGGGAUAUCUGCCGUCGACGGCACCGCCCGCUGCGAAUUCGAGUUUUGAGACACCACGCCAACGAGCACCGACGAUAGGAGGACGCACUACCGAAGACCUUCAUGGGCAGAACAACGCAGGUCAACAUGUUGGCCCCCCGCCCUCGUCGGCGUCGGCGCAGCCCAUGUAUAACCCGCCCGACAACUAUCGAUCGGCGCCCAACAUCAGCGUUGACCAUGGCACUCCCCAGAACAGCCAAUAUGGCGCCCCGGCAGUACCCGGCAGUCUCCAGCCCGCGGGCGGCUCAGGCCAGGCGCAACAACAACAACAGCAGCAGCAGCGACCGGGGCCGUCUACCGCCUACACGGCACCCGUCGUGCCUACCCAGACGCAAAUAGCCAGCAACGCGCAGCAAUACACGCUCCCCACGCGCUCAAACACUAUCUCGCAGCCACAGCACUCUCCGCACUCGUCGCAUUCCUACUCGCGCUCGAGCCCAGCUGGCCUGGGCCCCGAUCAAAAAUACAUUCCUUUUUCCAAUACGCCCCCUGAACAGCAACCCAAGUACGCCGCUGGAACUCCGGCCCAGAAGUAUUACCCCACCACCCCUUCUGGCGCCGCCUCGCAGUCGCCGCUCGGCCUGGCUGAUAUUAGGCCUCGCGCAAACUCGACCAUGGACCAUGAGGGGAGCAUGGGCGUCCACGGCACUAACAUGGUCAGCGACCAGAUCAAGGUGCCCUCGAACAGCAACUACCUCGCGCCAUGGAGCAUAUACGCCUACGACUGGUGUAAAUGGAGUGUUCCUGGCGGUAACAGCGCCGGCAAGAUGGCCGUGGGCAGUUAUCUAGAAGACAACCACAAUUUCAUUCGCAUCCUGGACACCCAAAUUGCGCCCCAGGAUGUCUCGUCUCCCGGCGCAACACCCUACGGCGUCGAGUACAACGCAAUCGCCGAAGCUACAUGCUCCUUUCCCGUCACGCGAAUGCUAUGGGAGCCGCCAUCGUCGCAGAAGCAGUCUACCGACCUCCUCGCAACGUCUGGCGACCACCUGCGCCUGUGGUCACUACCCCAAGCCUCUGGAAACAACAUGAGCAACACAAUCACUCGCUCAUCGUCUGUCAACACCCGAGAGCCCCAACUCCCUAAGCUCACCCCGCUCGCGCUCCUCUCAAACUCCAAGACGCCCGAACACACCGCACCCCUCACAUCCCUCGAUUGGAACACCAUGUCGCCCAAACUCAUCAUUACCUCCAGUAUAGACACAACCUGUACGAUAUGGGACAUACCGUCUCUGACAGCCAAGACACAAUUGAUUGCGCACGACAAGGAAGUCUUCGAUGUGCGCUUCUGCGCAGGCAGCGUUGAUGUCUUUGUCAGCUGUGGUGCCGAUGGCAGUGUCCGCAUGUUUGACCUCCGCAGUCUAGAACACAGCACAAUCAUCUACGAGCCCUCAGAUAAGGGUGGUGAUAGAGACAAAGGCUCACCAACAGGCGGCCGCAUGUCGCCCACCAAAGCGCAGCAAACCAUGUCGUAUGCGCCUCCACUCCUCCGACUCGCCGCAUCCCCUCACGACUCCCACCUCCUCGCCACCUUCGCCGCCGAUUCAAACCUCAUCCGCAUCCUCGACGUCCGGCAACCCGGCCAAGCCCUCCUCGAACUGCGCGGCCACUCCGCUGCCGUCAACAGCAUAGAAUGGAACCCGUCUCGACGCGGCAUGCUCGCCUCUGGCGGUGACGAUUCUCUCGUCCUCAUCUGGGACCUGUUGCACGCAAACAACGGCGCUACAAUCAGCGGCGAACACGCCUCCACUCAACCUCCUGCCGCACCCCCAACCACACAUGCUGCAAACGGUGCUGCUGGCGCUCAAAACGUACCCGUCGGUCAAAAGGGUCCGUAUGCUAGCUGGAGAUGCGACUACGAAGUCGGCAAUAUCAGUUGGGCACCGCAGAGUGCGCUUACGGGCCAGGGCGGCGAAUGGGUUGGUGUUGCCGGUGGACGUGGUAUCUGGGGCGUCAAGUUAUGA